UGUAAGAUGUGUGACGUCACAGUGUAUUUAUAUAUGUAGGAUAGCGCUCGACUCUCGGUUUUCAAAUUCGAAAAAAGCAACAUUCAAAGGAUGGAAGCAAACGAAUUUCUUUGUUCCAACGCACUAACAAUUUUUCUCCGAACCAAUAAUACACGAGAUUGUAUCGUUCACAGACAACUGCUUAGUAAAUAAUACCAAAACAAUUGAUAGAGGGCCAAUACCUUGAACAAAGUUCAGUAGUGAUUUUGUUUAGGAAAGUGACAUCGCUUCCACAGUAUGGCAACAUUUUAUCAAUGUGAUUACAAGCAAUGCAUGAAUUUAUAAUUUUCUUUCUGUGAUAUUUCGCAGUUAUAAAAAUCACUUGAUUUGAAAAGCAGCCCAUUUGUCGUUAUACUUCUAAGCUGGAGAUAUUUACAAUUAACUUUCUUAAAAUCAUCACAAAAAAAUUAAUUAAACUGUCGAAUUCUUUGUCGAAAUAAAAGAGAAGAGAAAAUUUACCGUUCAUUAUUUUUCCCAAUUAUAUCUCUGAAAGAUCAAAUUAAGUGUUUAUACAAACGAUGAAACCAAUCAUCUUAAUUUUUCUAUGCUUUGGUGCAGUAUUGAGCAAUUACAUUCCUGAUAAUGGAAUCAAUCACAUUGCAAGCGCGUCUGCUUCAAGUGCUUCAAGUACAAAUACCUUAACAACAAUUCAGUCAUCUGGAAAACCAUGGAGCGAGUUUCAGAAGGCCGCUGCAUCCGGUGAUGCACAAAAAAUCAAAGAAUUGCUGGCAAAUGGAAUUAAUGUAAAUAUCUUGGAUGGAGGUGGAAGGACGCCAAUUUUUACUGCAGCAGCCAAUGGUCACAAUGAUGUAGUUUUACUGCUAAUUGAAAAUGGUGCUGAUGUUAAUUUAAAACAAAUAUAUGGACGUGCUCCCAUUUUUGAUGCAACUUUAAAUGGUCACGAUCGUGUUGUCGACAUACUAAUCAAACAUGGUGCUGAUGUAAAUGUGAAAAAAAGUGACGGAUGGACACCAUUAAAUAUGGCUGCAAAAAAAGGUUAUCUCCGCAUUGUUGAACUCUUACUAAAAGCCGGGGCAAAUGUAAAUAUACAGACCGAUGAGGGUGAAACGCCCUUAUACCUCGCUGCUAUGGCAGGUAAUGAAGAUGUCGUUAUAAUGGUAAUUGAACACGGUGCCGAUGUUAACAAGCAAGAAAACAACGGAUGGUCACCGCUGCACAGAGCCGUUGAGAAUGAGUUUGAGAAUAUUGUGGAGAUUUUGAAGCGGCAGAAAGCUUAUGCUAAUUUGAAAAAUAGUAACAAUGAUACACCGCUGGACAUAGCUAAAAAAACAGGAAAUGCGAAAAUUAUUGAAAUCAUUCAAACAAUGAAUACUAAAAAAAGUGUUGAUGAGGGUUCAGAUUUAAAAAAGGUCAUCCAACCCCAUUUAUACUAGAUAAAAUUAACUCUUGCGAGGACUUCCCAUGGAUUUUGAGAUCCCCUGUAAAAGGAGAAUGGGAUUUCCUCAUUUUUAUGUUGGUAUCACUGAUAUUAUUUCCAUUUGUUUAUAUGUGAAGUGCUACCAAUAACUUUUAACUGACUUACAAAGUCCCAUCCUCCU